AUGGCGGCGAAAGUGGAACCACAAGAGAAUGGAAGUGGGAGUGAAAAUUCUUUUUGUCUAGAAGAUUAUGAUUGCUUUGGAUUUGAUAUGGAUCACACAGUUGUGCAAUAUCAUUUAGAGGCAGUUUUCAAGCUAAUAUAUGGAAGUUUUGCACAAUACCUCAUUGAGAAGAAAGGCUAUGAUAAGCAUCUGCUGGAUGAGAAGUACUCAAGACUUGAAGACUUCAGUCUCAGAGGACUUACAUUUGAGAUAAAAACUGGUAAUUUUGUCAAGCUGCGUCAAGAUGGUUACAUUAUAAGGGCAUGUCAUGGCAUGACUGUCAUGAGUGAUUCUGAAAUUGAAGCAUGUUAUGGUAAAGAGAGAAUCUGGAAAUAUUUUAAAGAUCUAAAGUCAAAAGUGCACCAUGGAGUGUACUAUAAGUGCUUUGAGAAUUUUUUUGAUAUGCCAAUUGGAGUAUUGUGUGCAAGAAUUGUAGAUAUUAUUGACGAAACACAAGGACGACCUCAAACAUACACUUUCUGGCCGGACAUAUUUGACACUCUUAUGAACAGCUUUGGGCCUAAGUGCUUUUCUGAGCAUCGAGGGUACUUUUUCUCGGCAAUUAAAGAAAAUGCAAAAAAGUAUAUCAAAAAAUGUCCAGAUGACGUCAUCAGAUGGUUCAAAGACCUUAGAAAAGCAGGAAAAAUUUUAUUUCUAGUGACACAGUCUUACAUAGAAUAUACACGAUUUCUCAUGGAAUGGGCACUAGGCAAAGACUGGCUGGAUUUAUUUGAUUUAGUGGUGACAGAUGCCAAGAAACCAGAUUUCUUCUUCGCAAAGCCAGAAGAAAGACCGUUCAAGAUUGCAGAUGGUGAAAACGAAGGCACUAUUUGCAAAAGCCUAGAGAGACAUCACUGCUACAGCCAAGGGACAGCAAUAUCGCUUGAAAACACUGUUAAGAGAUUAUUAAACAAAGACAACUUGAAAAUUGUAUUUUUUGGCGAUAGCCCAAAAUCCGACAUGUAUCCGCCAUUCAAGUACCGGGGUUGGGAUACUGUUGGUAUUCUUGAGGAGAUGGAGGCCGAAGAAGUGCAUUUUCAGAAGCAUUCAAGUUGUUAUCAAGCCGAAAUUCCUGCAAAGAGACAAAAAGUCACCAUGCAUUUAGCAAAGGAAGAAAAGAUUAUCGUAGCUUCUAAACAAUGGGGAUCUUUCUUUCGAGACGACAAACAAGAUGAAAACGAUGCUUCAAAUUGUCACGAGGCUAUUGUAAAUACCUUCUGGGCAGAUGUCAUCCGAAGCCAUUGCAAGUUAGCGAUACCUCUCUUAGACUACAUAACAGAUCUUCCGCUUGACUAUAAGUUCCAGAGCUUCUCGAAAACAAAGUUAGGGUUUUAUCCUAGCCCUCCAAGCACCGUGGUUCACGAACAUUAAUUUCUGCACCUUUUAUAAACAUAGUCGGUCAUGGAAUUACGCUGAUAUUUCGUUCCUCUUAUAUAAGUAAUUCCAAAGAAUGGAAUAUAUAAUUUUGAAAUCAUCAAUGUUUUAUUAUCUGUAAUUUAGAAACUUAGCUAGAUUUUGAGUGUGAGCAAAGCUACAUUAUCAUAUUAUCUUAACAGAUUGUUUAAGAAGCAAUUUGUAAAUGUUCAUUGUCUGGGGCUUAAAUAUAUUUUUAAAAUACUGUAGAAACGAUGAAGAAAAAUGAAGACUAUAAGAUGUGAUGUUCUUGUGAUGAAUUAUUUCAGUUCAGUUCGAGCUGCCAUAUUAUGAAUCCUAGUCCAUUAUUUAUUUGAUUUGUUUUGAAACGUUUACGUAUGCUAACGUUUCGCCUUUAAGAAAUACUGUCCCAUUGUUUUCAUGCUGCUCUGAAGGAAUUGUGUGUUUUGCCUUCAUUUUUAUUCCUUUCUUUUUCACACACCUACAACGAAAGCACGAUUUCUAGCUGCUUCUGUCCUUUCUCCCUGUUUUCUUUCAUGUAAUCGGUCCAUGGAAAAAAUUCUUUAAACUUGGUUCUCCUAUGGAUUCAUUUUGUUAGAAAGAAAAUAAUUCAAUAAAAUUUAAUUUGGAUUACGCAAUAAUAUCCUGUAAUCUGCUUAGUAUUUGACAUCAUGUGACAAAAUGAAAUCGUUGUUUUUCGACCUUGCCUGUAGUGCAUUCAUGGAAAGGCACUGAUGCCGAAGAAGAGGAUUAAACCUAGGGAUCUUGGUUCUUAGCAGCAAGAGAAAAUGACCUUAUUAAUGUCAACUUGGUUCUUGUUCAAACGAAACGGGAACAAAACUCAUUAUUGUAGCACAUCAAAUCAUAAGUCGCCCAGAAAAGCAUGUAAUAACACCUCGUUGCUAAGUUUGUUACUUUGAUUUAAACCAUUAUGCAAAACCUGAAUAGCCUAUGUUUUUUAUAUUAAUGAAUAAAUUGCUUUGAUUAAUCCAGAUUGACAAAUGUUCAAAUAUCAUAGAAUCAACUGUUUCGUUGUUUAUCUCAAGCAUUUAACAAUCAUUUUUUUGUUGAAAAUUUUUGCCUACCUAGAUCUAAGAUAUCUUUUUUCAUGAUCA